GGUACCUUGAUGGAUCAUGACUCCCCAGAUGACUCAAACCCAGACGAUCCCCACCAUCAAUUGAAUAUCGCUCUUGAUGGACUUAUCGGCCCAAUCUCCCAUAGUGCAAAAUCAACCACAAACAAACUUUGUCCAAAGAAAAAGAAACAGUCUGGCGAGGCUGCCCUUAAGCCUGGAAAUUCUUAUCCAGAUGAGAAAAAGCGUAAAUCAAAAGAGGCUAUUCGAAAAGAGGAGCCGACUCAAAAACCCUCUAAGUUCCCUUGCACUUCUAGUGAUCUGAAGACCUUGAACGCUGAAAAUACAUCUGAAUUUAACUCCGAACGCAAGAUUUCGGAACGGCCCAAGUCCAUAGUCCCUAAGUCUGGACGUAAUCGGAGAGCGGUUAACAUAGCCUCUUCUAAAACUGAAUUCCCUAGGCCGGUGCCAAAUCGGGACAUCGAUCCGAUCUCUUCGGAACAAAGAGCUGUUUCAUCUUAUAACUAUUCUUCUUAUUCUCACCUUUGCAAGGACCCAAGUUCGCCUGGUGAAUUCCCGGAUCCUGUCGAUUCAAGCUCAUUACCACAUGGUGAGUAUCAAUCUCUUGACCUGUCAAUAAGCAGCAAAUCCCAAAGCAAAAUUCACCGGACGAAAUUGGAAAAGGUAAGAGUCUACAAAGUGGGCUGA